UCGGGACAGCAAGCCGAGCCUCCUACCCUUGAAAUGCCAUCGAGCAGAUGAAAUGAAGACGGCGCUCGAAUGCGAGCGGGCCGAGGCCGCCGAGACCGGCGGGAAAGGCCGCAUCUCCUUUAGCGUCGACUCUCUACUCGGCUCCAGAAACGAUCCACCGCAAAAGGAUGCAAGCCCCGAUACCCACAGCAACGACGCGGAAAGCACGGACGCCGCGAUCGAAACCGACGACAGCGACGUUGAUAUCGAAGAUGUCGAAUCCAACGCUGGUGACGAUCGAGAAGAAAGAGACAACAUUAAUGAUGGAGAAGAGAUGGAAAGAAGCGGGGUUGUUGUUCCACAGCCGCUGUUGCCGCGGUUGUACCAAGGCCCAGCGCCGCCGCCGACCUGGCCCUUCGGAGCGUUUCCCUGGAUGGCGCCCAAUCCCAUGUUCAGAGGUGGAUCACCUAACACAGGUCCUCCGAGUGGUCCGCCUGUGGUCCGCUGCCAGCUGCGCAAGCACAAACCCAACCGCAAACCGCGGACGCCCUUCACCACGCAACAACUCCUGGCACUCGAGAAGAAGUUCAGGGACAAGCAAUACUUAAGCAUCGCUGAGCGAGCUGAGUUCUCUUCCUCGCUGCGACUUACUGAAACUCAGGUGAAGAUCUGGUUUCAAAACCGACGAGCAAAAGCGAAACGAUUACAAGAAGCCGAAAUCGAAAAGCUGCGAUUGUCAGCGCGACCUUUGCUGCCACCUUCCUUCGCCCUUUUCGGGGGAGGAGGGGCGCCUCCCCUCUUCGCGGCUAUGGCAGCUGCGACAAGGCCACAAUUAAGCUUCCUCGGCGGCCCUCCGAGUCACCAGCAUGCAAUUAACAUGAAUAUAUUGAACUCUCUUCAACCGCAUUGACGAUUGGAAAACGCGCAACUGAUCCACCGCCGUCUUAAUCAGGACUAUCUACACACUAGAAGUUGUAAGGUAAAGAUGUCAAAAUAUUGAACUAUCCAAUGAAAGAUCAGUAUCAUGAUGUUAUUGACAGUAAACAUCGCAUUCGCCCUCUAGUGACUUUCUCAUUGGUACUUCCCAACUGUAAGUGCGCCCCUUUCCAAUUUCAAAUUUAAAAAAACUUUUUAUAAAGUGUCAGUGAAGUGAUAUAAAAACUUUUUAAAAACAAAGAAUGUGUUCGAAUUUUUAAAUUUAAAUAUCGUAAGUGCAAAGAACUAUGUAGUUGAUGUGUUUAGUGUAAUGUAUAGUAGGGUACACAAUUAUUACUACACGACACAAACAGUUUUCGUAUUUUUUUUGUUUUACAAUGCCAUGCAAUAAAAUAUAUCUUAAUAUUUAGUAUUUUUAAAUGUAUUACAAAAAGAAUGUAUCAUAAAUGUGUGCAAUUUCGGACUAUUAACUUAUUUUAAGUCUCUCCGGGUACUUUUUUUUAACGGUGUAGGUUACACUUGUUACUCACUUUAAUUGUUUAACAGUAACUUAAAACGUUGUCUUUAAUGAUAACACCUGAUUCUUCCGCAUAUACAAAUAUAAAAUGUACAAAAAUUAUUUAGACAACACAAUAUACUUAAGUUUUUUAUCAUUUAAAAAGUUUUAGAAACUUCCGGAAUUUAACUCCAGGUAGAUCAGGCGUUCUUAUUUUGGCAACAGUAUACAGAACUGAUGAAAGCUCCCUGUUUUAGGGCGCUUUCAAACUAGACGCUUGUGGAAGCUCGCUGCAGCUGCGCUAUUAUUAAUUUUCAUACAAUAUUUAGAAGCGCAGUUGCAGCGCCACAGACGUGACGCGCGCGCGCCACUUUUGCAGUCACAAUUAUACUAAACUCAAACUAGGAUGAUCCCUGUAACGUUUCAUUUGAAGUUUGUCAUAGGGAUGAGGUAAAGUCGAUAGAUUUUUAGUGCAAUUGAUUAUUAAAGCAAAAGUUCUCCCUUAUAAUUUUGUUUUUCUAACAUAUUCUGAAUGAUGUAUUGAUGUAUGAAGUCUUUGUAUUAUAUUAAAGGCAUGAAAUAAACAACUAUAAU